CCUAAAAUGGAAGCAUCCAGGAAGAGUUUUGAUGACAGUGAAGAAUACUGGGCCACAUCAUCUGUAAAGAAAGGAGCACAACGCAACAUUUUUGAUGAUGAUGUUAGUUUUGAAGACGCGAAACGUAACAUUUUGGCAAGUCCGGUUGGUGAGGAUGAUGAUGACGAUCUGGAGCUUGUUAACUGGGACGAUAGUCCAGUUGUCAAAUACAAUUCCAAGGCGACUGCACAGAAAAAUUUCCCUCCUGACCUCUCCGACCUUGCUGUUCCCUUCACCUCCCCUGCAUCCCGAGCACAUUCCGCUUCAGGUUAUCAAUCAUCUGAUUUUAUGAAUCACAGUCGAUCUCAAAGUUUAGGCAAACUAGGAAGCAGUAAAGGCUUGGGAGAUAUUGGAUCUGAGAAAAUGUCACUAUAUAAAGGAAGCAGUGAGCCCAGCAUUGAAGAAGCUAUAGGACCGUUUUCUGAAAAGACAGUCUCCCAAAGAGAUAUUGACAAAAUGCAGAAUGAAAUACAGUAUCUUCGCCGGACAGUUCAGAGCUUCAAACGAGGUCACAGAGAAAAACUUCCAGUUGAAGACACUUUACAAAGAAUGAUCAAAGGGGAGGCAUAUUCCUUUGAAAUGUACCGGUCAAGAGAAGACAAGGUAGCUCUUUUGGACAAAGCCAUCGAGUUGCACGAUGGAAAUGCCAUAAUAGCAGCAACUUUAUUUCUGAAGCAUACAGUGAAGUCUUCCAUAUUUAAUUUAGAGUUGACGCGCAGAUCUGCUGCUGUUAACCAUUAUAUAACCUAUCUCAGGAAUCACUAUGACUACGUAGAACUCUCUAAUGUUUUAGGGCUUCUGGGUAGAACAGAAGAAGCAGCUAUGCUGACUUACAAAACUGCAUCAGCAAGCAAAGAUCCCACAUUAAAACUAUCGGCUUUAAAAAGCUGUUACAGAGCUCAUUUCAGUCUAGACUCAUCGUUAUCUCAUGAAGCAAGUCUAGUUCAGCAGCACAUUGAUCUCCUGGAAAGACAGGCUCCGAUUGAGAAGGAAGAUGCCAGAUUGGAGGCUGAGGGUAGAACACAAAUUUUCAAAGACAUUCCGAGGAAGUCAUCGUUAAUAAACAUGUCUGUGAUCACCACACUGUACUACUGUUGUCUCUACCAUUAUGAGUUAGGAGAGAACUCACUAUCAAGUCCACUUGCCCUUCAAAGAGCACAUCAGUUGUCGGAGAGACAGUAUCUGUGGAUUGUAAUUGCUGCAAGAGGGCGUCUUCGCAAGUGGGAUGACAUCAAAACUUUGCUCACAGCUAAGGGCUGGUUUGGUGGGACAAAGAUGAAAGCUGUCAUAGGUUUUGACAAAGUUUGUGAAAUACUGCAUAAAGUCAGCGCACCCCAUUCAGUGUUAGCUUCAUAUAUAGCUUUAAUUGAUGAUUCUGAGAGAAGACUUGCAGUGGCCAAGAAAGUCAACUGUCCUAAAGGAAUUAUUGAGACUUAUGUUGCCUUAAAAGAUCGAAGUGAACUUGAAGCUUAUGCUUCCAAACUACCAUCGAGAUCUGAAGAAAGCAUUUAUGCAAAUGACGUUCUCAGAAGUUCAACAAUCAAAUGGAAGUAAAAAAUUGGUUGAAGUUCAAUUAAUAAAAAAGCAUUUUGUGAUAAAAAGUCAGCAUUUAACAUUCUAAAUGGGAAGAAUUGACACCAUUGCACCGAGAUGUCUUACAACCCACCAAGUUGUGUGUACACCACAAGUGAACAAUCUCAAAAUAACACCAGUGAUUUGUGAAGUAUAUGUAUGUGAUCUUCAUUAGGGUUUCUCCUGAUGACUGCUUUACAUGGCUUUCUACCCAAUAACCACAACGUCCGAAUCUCCAUAUAAACACUUUCUUCCAUAGAUUAUGUUUAACACAGAUAGCAGUACAGCUCAAUAAAAUGGCUAAUACUGCUUUAUGGGGUUGCCUUCAUAGACAUAAUUAUUUAGCCAAAACCACUGCAUAUUUCUAGAUAUCAUGUCUCUCAGUUAUUUUACUUCUUUAAGUUACAGGCUUUAACAAGGUUAGUAGAGAAUACUACAUGAGUGGUCAUUAGAUACCAUUUAUCUUAUGAGUUGUUUUAAAAUAUAUCUAAUGAGCAAAAGCGAGUUGGAUAUGUUUUUAAACAAGUUGUAAGAUAAAUGGUAUCUAAUGGACAUGAAUGUAGAAUUCUUUUUCUUAUAUAUCCCUAGAAAAAAAACAGGUUUUCCAACUAAAACCUAUUUACAGCCCUAGUGCUUGAUACCUUUUCAGGUUAAGUUAUAAUCAGUUUCGAUUGUACUUUUUUUCCUUGGAUGGUAUGGCAGUGGCAACCUGGUCAUCACCUAGGAGCAGCCAAUCAUAUGACUUUAAAUUGUUAUCACAUGUAUACGUGUUAUUAGUAUGUGUUAUCAAAAAUAAUUAAUGAUCUCGCAAACAGGUUUAAGAAAACAAAUAAAAUGUUGGGGGGGGGUAAAUGAUAUUCAACAUGAAGUGAAUUGGCGAAUGGAGUAGGCCUCUUCACAAGAUGAUUUUACAUACUGUAUAAAACGAUAAACAUAAAUAAAUGUGAUACAAGUACCUUUUCCUUGUGACACAUUUACUUCUAGCCCUGCAUGCGUGUGACCUCAUUAAAGAUUAGAGUAAUGUUUUGUAAGCAAGGAUUGCAAGUGUGUGUGGGCAUGCGUGUGACCUCAUUAAAGAUUAGAGUAAUGUUUUGUAAGCAAGGAUUGCAAGUGUGUGUGGGCAUGCGCGUGCGCGUGUGUGAUCUCGACUUGAAUGUUAUUUUUGUUAUUGUAGACAUUACACAAUAUCAUAUUGUGACAUACAAGUGCAAUUAUUGUUACUUACUUUUCAUUGUAGAAACCGAAGUCAUGUAAUUUUACUACCAGUUGCUCACAAAACAUCAUAAUAGUUAUUGAGUGAUAUUGUUUUUCAUUUGUAAUAAUCAGAUAAUAAAAGUUUACAAUAUAAA